AGGAAUACUUCAAAUAGGUUUUGAGUACUUGAUUAUAGUUAGUAUACUUUAUGCCCUUUAUUGAAGUCUUCAAUCGCUGCUGAUAAAAGGAUCAGCAGAUCAGCACCGAAAAAAUGAAGGCAGAUGGGAGAAAUGUUGCUCUUCAUUGCACGCGUUAAUUCACGCAAAAAACGUUUGUGUGAACAACGUGAGCACAGCAAUUACUCCGCUAUCGCAUUAAUUUUCUUCUACUUUUAUUUUUCCCUAUGCUGGGGUGUGGCUGAUGGCCUUACCUUUUUCGGUUUGUGUAUAUUUUACCCCUUUUUUUAAUCGAGCAUUCGCUGCUGUCGUUUUCCCCUUAAUUAAUAUCAAGUUGACUUCAACAAACACAAAAGUUAAAAAAAAAAACAAAAAAAAAAACAAAACAGAGCCAGUCUGUAACAGGUUGCUGGUCGCUACUUUUAUUUCAUUUCCAAGAUAUCCCUAGCUGUCUCUGCGCUCUUAGUUGGAGUCAAAAAGUAGUAAGUGUUAACUUUUCAUUCACCGCCGGGAGUCAAUUUAUAUUAUACGUUUCUACGUCAAACGAAAAAAGCAGUCGAGUUAAAAUACAGGCUACGGUUGAGCGCGGUUGAGAAAUUUCCAGGAAUUUUCGGUUUUGGCAACCAAUGGGAAAAAUGCGGAUCUUUCGAAAGAUAUGGAUCAGUUGGAUCACCCCCAGGUUGAUUAUUUUGGUUCAUUUUUUUUUUCUAAAAAUUGCAACUCUUUUUUUUUUUCGAAUGAAACUCCAAAAUUUUCUUGCCCAAUUAAGUAUAAUCAGGUGUCUCCCAACUUCAGCGAGAUGCAGUGGUCCGUUUAGCGAGCUCCAGUCAAGACCGAUUUUACAUAUACAUGUGUGCUGGGGUUCAGCAACCACCGCUAACGUGAAUAAAGUUGUGUCAUCCAUUAGUACAUAGCAGCUCUAUAGUUAUUACGCGUAUUUCUCCUUCAGCGCACUCCAAGUGAUGGAAAAUGAGAAAACUUUCAGGCGGAAGAUGACGUUGUUAUCCGGCGGAUGGCCCCUGGAUCCACACGUCGAGAGCGGAUUCAACUACAAAUAUUUCCCGAUCGACAGCGUCUUGAGGUUUAACCUGGUGGAGGAUCUCGUUCUCUGGCGUCAAGGAUAUAGUUCUCAUUUGGAAGAAAGCAUACUUUGUACUCUGAAGCCGGAGAAUAUGAUUAAUAUCGACACCAUGAUUGUCGGCAUUAUGGGUUGCUUGUUUUCCAGGAACAAAGUGAUCCUCCAACACUUUCAAAAUUUUGAAGCCACAUUCGAAAAGUCCUCCAUCAUUUCGACGAUCCUGGGAACUGCAGCGAGAAAACACGGACCCUAUCUGGACGUCGUUUUGUGCACGUCAAUCAUGAAAAAUUGGUUUUAUCCCCAAACCAUAAUACCAAUAACAUAUGGUUACAUUUAAAUGUCGUGCUUAUUGGCGUUUUUAGGAAACACAAUAAUUCCUUUUGCUAUUUACACAUAAAUACCUAUGUUGCCAAGAAAAAAUUAGUUAGUUCGCAAAUCAAACGUCGACUUAAUGUUCUUGAUUUUAUUCUACUUGAAAUCUGCGGUGAAGACAUGACGCUGUGUUUAAACGA